UUUAAAAUGACCGUCGAAUAUUAUUUGGAAUCCCUAAUGUUCUGAUACACAUUUACACAGUUUGAUUGUCAAGACCAACGCUCCAUCUUCUUGAUUUUAAUGGGCUCGCUACCAGAACACACGUACAUCGCAGAAUUGCUCAAUGAUUCAAUAUCAACCGAUGCCAAGUCACGGGAGAGUGCCUAUCAACGUUUGCUUGAACUUGAAGCAAACCCGAACUUCUUGGCUAGAGUUGUCGAUGUAGCCUACCUAGCCGAUGAAACCAUAUCUAAACUUGCUUUUAUCUAUGUGAAGCAUGCGUUUACUAGAACUAGGGGUAUUUCGGUUGCAAGAUCUACGCAAAGUGCUGUCAUAGAUCAUGUCGAUGAGGCACUGGAUAAUUUAAAGUCUAAAUUGGUUUCUAUUAUUGAAUUGCAUUUAGCUGAUAAUGGGCGUCCAAUUGCCAAAGAUUUAGCGUUGUUAGUGAGGAAGGUAUCGCGAUGGAAUUAUCCACAAACAUGGAUGAAUUUGCAUCAGCUCCUUGUAAGGGGAUUCGAUGCCGCUAUUGCCAACAGAGCGCCAUCAACAGGAACACUGAACUGUAUAUUUAUAUUGUACCAUAUAUUCAAAGAAAAAUGUUCUAUGCGCUUGUUAAGAGAUCGAAAUGUCACUAUGCAGGUGGCAGAAGCAUGGUAUCCAUACGUAUCUAAGCUGUGGGUCCGACAUUGGUUGGGACCUUGGGCAUCGGGAAAUAUAGAUGCUAAUAUAAUUAAUACCAACUUCACAGGUAUUGAAUUGGAUAUUAGUCGUUACCUUGAUAGUCUACUUAUCGCAUUCUAUACGCAUGGUCUUAGAAAGGUUUACGAGAAUUCUGAGUUGUUGGAGCUUCUGAGAAUUAUAUGUUCGAAGUUAAAAACGCAUCUUAGAGCUCUUAAGGAAAUGUCGGACAACAAUACAUUGAUGGAAAAGAAUACUAAAAGGCUUUUACGUGGAGCAGCUGAACUCUUCGAUAAGGAAGCAAUGACAUUCGCUUUCGUAGACCCUUGUCUCAUUCUAAAUCCAGUGUUUGAUUACCUCAUCGACGGAAGAAACGAAGUAGUAAUAAAUGGUUGCAUGGACGUGCUCAUUAAUUGUUUUAGGUCACCGGUGGUAAACAAUGAUAGAUAUAUGCAACAAUGUGGCUCCACACCCGGCCACCAAGGCAGUAAUCGGGAAAUUACCAAGAUAAAUGACAAGGAUUUUGUAAUCUUUGAAACUUUCAACGAGAUGAAACAACAUUAUGAUGAAUAUGCGAUGUCUUCAACUAACUAUUCAGGACCUAACUCUUUGAAAAACAGUUCCAGCCCUACCAAGGGCUCAUACAAUUCAGCUGGAGGAAUGGCUGAACAUAUGUCCAAACAGGCAACGUUCUUGUUUUGGCGAUGCAUAACACUACGAGGAGGGAUAUCAGCGCUUGUGGAAUUUUUGCGAGAUCGUUACAUGAUGUUACCUAGGGAUAUUAUUGAGGAGUGGAACGUGGAACCAGUACCUGUAGAUGACCCACCUCAUCCACAGGGUUACACUGUUAUCUCAGAAAUGAAGUUGUCAGGGGCACAAAUGCUUCAAUAUAUUGCGGAAGGGUUAAUAGCAGCUGAUCCUAAUACGGAAUAUGCACGUAUAGAUACAUUCACACAAUUGUAUACGAUAGCAUAUCAAGGCAUAGCGUCCUUCCAUACUAGUAAACACUACUUAUCGUUAUUACAAAAGAUGAAGGAGGCUUUAUCUGUUGUGAGUCCGGAGUGGACUAAGCUCCUCGUAUAUCGGUGCAGUCGAGUUAUAAAUAUAUGGGUAGAUCGCAUCCACUUGUUUGAGGAACAAAUAAAGAGCGAAAUUAUGGUAUACUUGAUGCACUGCCUUUGCUGUCCAGGUAAUUCUCAACUAAGUAUAAACCUUCGUGCACAGCAUGUUAUCCCAUUUUACCGACUUUAUAAUAAGACCAUCGAUGAACCAUUCUGGGAUAUUUUGCGUCAUGGGUCCGAUGUCGCAAGAAUAAUUUCGAGCUUGGUUGCACUGGGCGAUGUUGAAAGCCCUAUUAUACAGCACAGUGCAAUGGAGUUAUUGUGUAAAAUGUGCCUGGAGUUUGAUAGUGAGGAGAACAACUUUGGAGCGCAACUUACAGAACUACUGCGGAUAUUCGCUACACGAUGCAAUAACCUUCAGGUAGCAGCUUCACUUUUACAAACAUCUUUGGGAUUUCUAAAUGCAUUGGAUUGGCAAAGAUGCUAUGAUGAAGAAAAUUAUGUCAAUGGUCACCUUCGCAGGUUUCUAUUCCAUCUCCUGUUUCAAACGCUCGUGAUAUCAGACAGAAAGGAUUCUAAAAUGGCUGUUAACCAACAACCCAAGAUGUUGUCGACCUGUAGAUACAUAGAGUUAGAAGAAGACACACUUACUUUAUGGGUUUCAUUACUUCGAGUAUUGCCAAGAAAUAUAGAAUCCGUUGACAAUCAACUUCUCACCAACGCUUUCAUUCUGUUACCGCUUUUUAUUGACUACCUUCUAGGGUAUGAAAGCAGCAAUACGGUACCUCAAAUGCGUCUGUCAUAUGCUUCUCCUUUACACAUUGAUAUUGUUACGGAAUAUUUAACUAUUCUCAUCGACUUAAGCAAAACCUACCUCCCGUCUGCCUCCAGUGGGAUGCUAUAUGAGAAAGAUAAUGAAUUGUGGUUCCGAAAUAUUGCCAAUAGCGGCUUGUCGUACGACUUCAGCAUAUCAAAGGUUCAGAACAUAUGCAUAGCCGUACUUAAGAAACACGAUGACCAAAUGUAUCAUAGUGGGCUCCGUCUCUUGAAUAUUCUCCUCUUCGGUUUUGGUAGGGCAUGUUUCGUAAAUCGUGAUAUGUUACUCGCUCUUUACGAUCUGUUACUACAGUUCUGUGUUACUCUGGACGAAGCAGUAAUCUCGCCGGAAAGAGCACCUGUGGAACUUCGUAGGUCCAGUAUAUCAUGUCUAGUUAGUAGCAUAGCUGAUGACAGUGAUACAAAAUGGCAAUUAUCAAAGGUUUCAAGAAACGUGGUGGAGUCGGUAUCGUAUCUAAUACCAAUCCUAUCUCGUUGGGGAUUUGAUUCCCCGGAGACGUAUAGAGAAGCCUUUCUAAGAGUGCUGGAGAUAAGGUGCUUCGCACAGCCGGAAGCUAUUUUACUCUCAUUGGUACACGCUGCCGAACAAUUCCACAAUAAUGCUUAUCUCAAAUUGGGCGCUCUGGUUUGUUGUUGUUUUAUGACUGAAGUUAUGGGAACUAAAGUGCCUGAUAUGAAACUAUUUAUUAGGCAACAGGAUUCUAUUACCCAUUCAGCGAAUCUGAUGCAUAGCGGAAAUAUGCAAUCGGACGUUACUAAAGUGAACUCUAGUGGUGUAUUUUUACCAUCUUACAUGUUGAGGAUGAUCAAUAAUAUAUUCUCUGUCUUUGUUAAAAGCAAAAAGGACUUUUGUUUCUCCAUAACUAAAGCAGCUAUUCAAAAGGAAGGAGAUGACUAUACCAAACCAUAUUCUAGACGUUUUCAUCUCUUUGCUAACGUGUCUGCUACACAUUCUUCGACGAACAUUCCCAUCUCGGAAUUUACAGCACAGGAUCUCUUUUACGGAGCUAUCAAAUCAACGACGAAUUGCAUCAUAUUGCUUGCAAAAGCCUUAGGCAGUAAAGGAAUGCCCGCGAGCGUCGAAAUGACCCUAGCCGAGGUUGAAUUGUAUCACGAGAAGUUAAGAGAAAUCCUAGCGGCCUGCUGCAAUAAUAGACAGUAUUGAUAUAGCA